CCCUUUAUUAUUUUACAGGAAAUAAUGAAAAAAGUCUGCCAAGGCUCUUGAUCAGAGACCUGGAAUUUGAGAAGUCGUCACUAACUAAGCCCAUGUUUUCUCCUGAUCAAGAAAACCAUCCAUCUAAAACACCAGUAAAGUAUGGUGAACUGAUUGUAUUAGGGUAUAAUGGCUCUCUGCCGAAUGGAGAUAGAGGAAGAAGGAAAAGCAGAUUUGCUUUAUUUAAAAGACCCAAGGCAAAUGGGGUGAAACCCAGCACUGUGCAUAUUGCCUGCACUCCUCAAGCAGCAAAGGCAAUAAGCAACAAGGAUCAACAUAGCAUAUCGUAUACCUUGUCUCGGGCCCAGACGGUGGUGGUUGAAUAUACACAUGAUAGCAACACUGAUAUGUUUCAGAUUGGUCGGUCAACAGAGAGCCCUAUAGAUUUUGUAGUGACGGAUACGGUUCCUGGAAGUCAGAGUAAUUCAGAUACACAGUCUGUACAGAGCACUAUAUCGAGAUUUGCUUGCAGAAUCAUAUGUGAACGGAACCCUCCUUUUACAGCAAGAAUAUAUGCUGCAGGAUUUGAUUCCUCGAAAAACAUUUUUCUUGGGGAAAAAGCUGCCAAGUGGAAGACAUCAGAUGGACAGAUGGAUGGAUUAACCACAAAUGGAGUUCUUGUCAUGCAUCCACGCAAUGGUUUUACUGAAGACUCCAAACCAGGAGUGUGGAGGGAGAUAUCUGUGUGUGGGAAUGUAUUCAGCCUCCGUGAAACCAGAUCAGCUCAGCAGAGGGGGAAAAUGGUUGAGAAUGAAACUAACCAACUCCAAGAUGGAUCAUUAAUUGAUUUGUGUGGAGCAACGUUGCUGUGGCGUACUGCGGAAGGACUUUCACGCACUCCUACAGUGAAGCACUUGGAAGCUCUAAGACAGGAAAUAAAUGCUGCCAGGCCUCAGUGCCCUGUAGGGUUUAACACAUUAGCAUUUCCUAGCAUGAAGAGGAAAGAUGUUGUAGAUGAAAAGCAACCAUGGGUGUAUCUGAACUGUGGCCAUGUACAUGGCUAUCACAACUGGGGAAACAAAGAGGAAAGAGACGGAAAGGAUCGAGAAUGUCCCAUGUGCCGCUCUGUUGGGCCCUAUGUGCCUCUCUGGCUUGGAUGUGAAGCUGGAUUUUAUGUAGAUGCAGGACCUCCAACUCAUGCAUUCAGCCCAUGUGGACAUGUGUGCUCAGAAAAAACAACUGCAUAUUGGUCCCAAAUUCCUCUUCCUCAUGGUACUCACACUUUUCAUGCAGCUUGUCCAUUCUGUGCACAUCAGCUGGCUGGUGAACAGGGUUACAUCAGACUUAUUUUCCAAGGACCUCUUGACUAAUACACAUGUCAUAAAGAACUUCAUUAAACUUGUAAGCUAAGCAAUUCUUAUUUUAAACAAACUGUCUAUUUGAUAUUCUCUGGGCUUUGGACAGUUUGCAUUAAAAUGAAGAUUUUUGUUGUUGUUGUUUGUUACAGUACCUAAAUUCCUUUCUAGAUGCAUAAAAGCCUGGAAACAAGAUUAUGGGGAGGAAAGGGAAAGUUCCUGACUGUAGUGUUUGCUUUGGAGCAGGGAAGGGAAUUGUGCAUAGUGAAAUUCAAUGCCUUCAGUUUAAUGUUUUUGAAUGACAUGCCCUUAGUGUUUAAAAGUUGGGGAUUUUUUUGUAUAACUGAGGGUAGAUAUGGUCAGUUCAAAGGACAUUAGUUUACAGCUUGGAUGCAAACAUUGUAAAAUAUAACAACAUGUAUAUUAACUUUUUCUAUUUAUCUUUAUUAUUGAAAUUAUCUUAUUGCGUUUUGAUAGAGAAGAAGCAUGGUGUAGUAGUGUGUUAAAUCCAUUGACUGGAUGCAUAGAAUAGUUUUUGAUGGGGAAGGUUAGAAAGAAAACUGUAGAAAUACCUUUUUAAAAUCUAGAAUACUAUUGAGUUCUUAGAGUAGCUAAAUACUUUUUAAACAAAAUUACUGCAAACUACAUUAUUGUAAAAAUAUGCUUUAACCUCACAAAUGGUAAUUAUGAUGGACUUCUUAAAAUGAUCAUUGGAUAGGACUAUAAUAGAACUGUUCACAGGAAAACAUUUAUCCAAUUCUUUGAAUAUGCAAUUUAAGGAUUUUUCACCCUCUGUUAGUUAAUCUUUUAUUUACCAUGAGCAACAUUUGAGGUUUGUUUAAACAAUGAAAAAUGGAUAAUCAAGACUCACCUGUUCUUCACUGUUAACAAAAAAAGCUGUGAAUUAGCCAGAAAUCUGAUGGUUCAAUUAUUCAUUCUGCUUUAAUCUAAGCCUUUGAAAAUGUAUAUGUUGGAGGAGUAGGUGACACAAUGGCUUCAUUCACUUGCCUUUCAGCUUCACAGAGCUGGGUACAAAUAUGCAUUUAGUGGCAAGUGAAGACAUUGCAGUCUUGGAGCCAAUAGAUGUUUGCCCACAUAACAGAACAAUCAUGUAACUUGGCACAGUUGGCAGUCCAUGUGCAGGAAAAGAUCUGCUUAAGGAUUUAAUUGUAUUUGUAGGGUUUGAGAUGGAGGAAACUUGCAUAAUGACUAUUCACACCAUGGCUGGUUUUAAGUCAGUUUUUAGUCUCACUUUCAAUAUACCUCUGCUUUCUUUGCCCCUCCCCCUCCUAAUCCCUUACCAGAAAAGACCAAUGUGUUACAUGGAACUUGAUGCUAAUCCACCAUGUUUUGUGGCAGAGGUUCAAAUGAUCCUUUUAGGAUAGAGGUAAGCUUUUUUUAACUAGCUUUUUAAAUUGGUU